CCGGUCCACCCCAGUUCUCCCCCCAGCUCUACCCGGGUUCAGCGCACUCUGACCCGGCCACAGCAGCACCAGCGCGCCCCGUUACACCUCCACAGCCCCGGAGCACCAACAUGCGGCAUGGCGAGCGUGGAGACAGCCGCCGAACACGAACGAAUCCUGCGGGAAAUCGAGAGCACAGACACGAACUGCAUCGGUCCCACGCUGCGGUCCGUGUACGAUGGGCAGGAGCAUGGCCUGUUCAUGGACAAACUGGACGUGCGGAUCCGGAACCACGACCGCGAGAUCGAGAAGAUGUGUAACCACCACUUCCAGGGAUUCGUGGACUCCAUCACCGAGCUGCUCAAAGUGAGAGGGGAGGCGCUCAAGCUCAAGAGUCAAGUCACUGAAACCAACAGGCGUCUGCAGGAGGAUGGAAAAGAGUUGAUGAACUCGAUGGAGGAGCUUCAGCGGUGCAGAGUUCAACAGAGAAACAUCGCCACGACCAUCGACAAACUGACACACUGUCUCCCAGUCCUGGAGAUGUACAGCCGACUACAGGAACAGAUGAGGGCCAAAAGGUACUACCCGGCUCUGUGCACUCUGGAGCAGCUGGAGCAGACGUGCCUCCCCCGUGUGGAGCAGUACCGCUUCUGCUCCAUCAUGUCCCAGAACAUUCCCAAACUCCGAGCCCUGAUCCGGGACACGGCCAUGGCGCAACUGCGGGACUUCCUGGAGAGCAUCCGGAAGCACUCGGAUAAGAUCGGAGAGACGGCGAUCAAGCAGGCUCAGCUGCAGCGCUCCCUGGACAGCUCAGUGUCCACUCACCCGAGGCCUCUGAUUGGACGACGGAACAGGAAGGAGCUGGCUGUUACCACGGCGAGCGCGGUUCAAAAUGGCGGCAGCCCUUUUUCAGAACAAGACUCCGGGAUCUUAGACGAGGAGGAAGACGAGGAGGAGGUGCCCGGAGCUCAGGAGCUGGUGGAUUUCUCUCCCGUUUAUCGCUGUCUUCACAUCUACACUGUUCUGGGUUUGCACGAUGAGUUUGAGAACUACUACAGGAAGCAGCGGCGGAAACAGGCCCGGCUCGUGCUGCAGCCGCACUCUAACAUGCAUGAGACACUGGACGGAUACAGACGGUACUUCAAUCAGAUCGUGGGGUUCUUCGUGGUGGAGGAUCACGUUCUUCACACGACUCAGGGCCUCGUGAAUCGCGCCUACGUCGAGGAACUGUGGGAACUGGCCCUGUCCAAGAUCACAGCAGCUCUAAGGACGCACUCGUCUUACUGUGAUGACCCGGACCUCGUGCUGGACUUGAAAAACCUCAUUGUCAUUUUUGCUGAUACUCUGCAGGGCUAUGGGUUCCCGGUGUCUCAGUUGUUCGACAUGCUCCUGGAGAUGAGGGAGCAGUACUCUGAGAUCCUGCUCAAACGCUGGAACGUCACAUUCAGACAAGCGCUGGACCAGGACAACUACAGCCCCAUCCCAGUGUCCACAGAGGAGGAGUUUAAACACUACACCUCCCAGUUCCCCCUGCACGACCCCGAGCUCGACAAGCUGCCGUUCCCAAAGAAGUUGCCGUUUUCCGAGUUUGUGCCUAAAGUUUACUCUCAGCUCAAAGAGUUCAUCUACGCCUGCCUCAAGUACUCGGAGGAUCUGCAUCUCAGCUCCUCCGAAGUGGACGACAUGAUCCGAAAGUCGACCAACCUGCUCCUGACUCGGACUCUGAGCAACUGUCUGCAGUACGGCAUCAAGAAGAAGAACAUCGGGCUCGCGGAGUUGGUCCAGUUGAUCAUAAACAGCACUCACCUGGAGCACAGCUGUCAGUUCCUGGAGGAGUUCAUCUCAAACAUCACCAAUGUUCCUCUGGACGCCGUCAGCGCCACCAAACUCUACGGGCCGUCCACGUUCAAGGACGCUUGCCACGCGGCCGAGGCGGAGAUCUACACCAGUCUGAACGCCAAGAUCGACCAGUUCCUCCAGCUGGCGGACUACGAUUGGCUGGCUCCGGUGCCCGGGGGCGGGGUUUCUGACGUCAGCGAUUACCUCAUCGACCUCCUCGCGUUUUUGAGAAGCACCUUUAGCGUCUUCACCAACCUCCCUGGAACCCCAAUAGAACAUGCCACUUUACCGGGGAAGGUGGCGCAGACGGCGUGCAUGUCGGCCUGUAAACACAUCUCCACGUCUCUGCUCCAGCUGCUCCUGGACCCUGAGCUCAGGCAGAUCUCACUGGGAGCUCUGCACCAGAUCAACAGCGACGUGAAGGAGUGUGAGAGUUUUGCCAGAGCUGGUCCGGUCUCAGGCUUCCAGGGCGACACGCUGCUGUUGGCCUUCAGUGACUUAAGACAACUGCUGGACCUGUUCACUCAGUGGGACUGGUCGACGUAUUUGGCCGACUACGGGAAAGGAAGCUCCAAAUAUCUGAGAGUGAACCCCCACACGGCGCUGGCCCUGCUGGAGAAGAUGAGGGAAACUGGGAAGAAGAACAUGAUUCUGGCUCAGCUGAGAAAGACCGACCGCGACCGUCAGAAACUCAUCGACACCGUGAUCAAACAGCUACGAAACCUCAUAUCACAGCAUUAACGCCACUUUAAGAAACACCCGGAACCGGUUCAAACCAGCCAGAACUAGUCCAAACUGGUUCAGACCAGCCAGAACUAGUCCAAACUGGUCCAAUCUGAUCUGAACUCGUCCAAACCAGCCAGAACUUACCAGAAUCUGACAGAAAAAACAUGAUAAACUUCAUAAACGACAUAAAACGUCCACAAACUUCUGUCGUUAGAGUUGGUUUCACAAUUUAAACAUGCAUUAUGUAACUUUCCUGCUUGUCUCCAUGGAGAUUUAUCGCUUCAGUGAGAAGGUUCCACAGUUUGACAUUAACUAUUUAGCAUUUAUUCAAUCACGCGUGUUUUUAUUGCUCCAAAAUCUUCAACGACCUGCAUCCUACUGUGAGUCUACUGUCUACUGUCUCCACAGAUCUGACCUGUAACUCGGCCUGGUGGGGGCGGCAUCAGCUGCUUGUCUCCAUGGAGAUUGAAAGAUUUAAUGUCAGACUGUGGAAUAUUUUGCUUAAGUGAUAGUAUCUCCUUGGACAAAAGCUAAUGACACACUCUCCACCAGAAAAGUUGCAUGAUGGUAGAAAUAUACAUCACUUGGGCGAAGUGUCUUGCCCAAUGACACAACAAUAUGAUUUGAACCGCUGCGUUUCCUGUUAUAAUCAUCGACUGUGUAAAGAAGUGGACGUCCCCCACAGCGUUCAGCUCCAAAUGAAGCUAAUCGAGGCUAGAGCAGUUAUAGCGGCUAAUCUGGAGUCAAGAUCCAUAUUUGGAAUUCCGACCACGAGUAUCAUAGCAACCAAAGAGCCAAUCAGGAGCGAGGAUGUUGAAUAAAUGAAUCUAUUUUAUUAUUGUGUCUUACAAAAAAAAUGCCGAGCUCUUUAAUGUUUUUUAUAAGACAAUAAAAUAUAACAAGCUAGUUCCCAGAAAUGACGCUAACUUAUAAACAUUAGAGUGAAACAACCAUUUGAUCUUGAACGUUUCAUCAAAUAAAGGAUUUACAAAUUCAUCAAAAAAUGGACGAAAUGACAAAAAAUGAGCUUCACAUAAUCCACAAAGUCUUUCUUCUUCGGGAGCGUGAGAAAAAAACCUUCCAGUUUCUAAGUUAAAGCGACACUGUCAAGUCAAACCUGUUGCUAACGCUAGCAGGAAUGACCUCGGGGGAAGGAAGACGCCGGAUUUGUCUGUUAUUAAUGUUUAUAUUUUGAUUUAUAGACGAAAUAGCGAUCGUGUAGAGUCGGUUAAUAUGAACAUUUAAGACCAAAAUGACGAGUCGAUGAAGCUAGAAGCGCGUCCAUGGUGGCUAGCAUGUUAGCUAUGUCCAUUUACAUAUACAGUCUAUGGUUAUAACACAAUCGCUCAUUAUUUAAACGAGGUUAAGUAUCGUUUUUGCACCUUAAACCAUCACAGUCCAAGUUCAGAUGAUUUUAACUUUACCAAACGGCGACAAAUUUACUUAAUUUACUCGUAGGACCAUUUUGAUCUUCUAAAACGUCCACAACUGUCGCUCAAACUACUCACCUCUAUUUUGUUUUUGUUUUUUUAUGCACUGCAAGUCGCGAGGAACCUCCAGUGUCUUCCACGUUUGCCGACGUAAACGAUGUCCGUCGCGGUCGCCAAGAAAACGUCGAAAGUUUUAGCUGCUGCGAAACGAGUCGUACUGAAAACUAUUUUGAAACUCGCACGAUCAAACUCUCACUUUAACCAAAUAUAGUUCCAUUUUAAGCUCGUAAUCGUCUUCCGUUUACGCAGUUUUAGUGUUCAAACAAUGUAUUUCGAUGAAUGUUAUCCGGCAACUUUUGAAUAUCUCUCGAAAAGGGAUCGUAUCGUCCAACCUGGCAACUCGCUUCUUCUGGAACGUCCUUUUUUUUUUAAACUAUGCGCCGUCGCCAACUGUUUUCUAUUGUGUUGAAAUGCUGAAACUGUGAUGCACUGUUUUGUUUCAGGAACAUGUAGCGCCAAAACGAUGCCAUUGAGAGUUUAAAGCUCGUUACUGUUACGUUUAUAUCAUUUAUUCGUUGCCAGAUAUUGAACAAAAUCCACCCAAUUAGCUUAAAACGUUCCGCUGUAUGGCAUUAACCUAACCUAGCUUGCGUUGAAUUGAAGCACAGGUGAUUCUGCCGAAAGAAAUCCCUAGAAAAACCUGGAUUGUUACUGCGCGCGGCGUGGAAUCGACAUAGAUCUGGCUCGUAACUUGGCGUGGCAGCUUCGCCGACCCAUUUUUCUUCGUGGAGACGUACGUUUAAUGCCAUACGGUGUGACGUUCUACGAAAAUCCAGAGAAAAUAUAAGAUUCUUUACGAUAUGCAAGGUGUUAUUAACGUCAUGGCAACCCGUGAUUUUACGAAGCGUUAUGCAAAUGUUAUUUUAUCUGGCGACCCGUGAUGUUUAGAAGCGUUUUGUCGAUAUUACUCGCUAUAAUUAUUUUAUCCGGCAACCCGUGUAGUGCCUAUAGUCAAUCUUUAUCUUUGAAUGUAGUGUUUUUUGAUCCUGACAAGUGUUUUUUUUGCCAUUAUUGUCAAAACUACGUAAGAAAUUAACUUGAAUAUCUGGCAACCCGCUGUCUUCCAACGUAACGACAAAUCUGUUUGGCCCAGUCCCAAACAAAAUCGCCGGUUUCUGAAAACGAUCACUCAUUUUAGCGUCCAUUUUGGAGGAUUUUUGAGUGUAUCUGGCGACCCGCUGUCUUCCUGUUUGGCCCAAUCCCAAACAAAAUCGCCGGUUUCUGAAAACGAUCGCUCAUUUUCGUGCCCAAAUCAAAGGCAUUUUAACGUCCAUUUUUGAGGAUUUUUGAGUAUAUCUCUCAAGUUUAUCGUGUCAAACUUGGCAACCGCCCUUUUUAUUUUUGAAAUGCCACGUUUUGGGCGACGACUCGAGUCUUAAAAAUGUUUGCGCGCCAACGACGGACUGGAUUUGUACAGAAACGACGGACUUCCGAGCACAUAAUCUUGAAUCGUUUGUCGUUAAUGGGAGUCUAGCGCUGGCCCAUAGUUACUUUUACACAUUAUUAUGAUUUUUUGUAUUAAUUAGAAAUAUUUUAAGUGUUUUGUUUUGUUAAAGGUUCCUCUAUUGAGAUUCUGGACCUCCACCAAGGCACUGCAGCAAUCUGUUAAGUUCUCUACGGCGGCGUUUUGGUUCCAUUUACGUAAAAAAAACACGAUUUUUUAAUUUUGCAAUUUACUUUUUGAAUCUCAAACUCUUAAUUAUGUCGCUGUCAAUUUUUUUACCCGGGUUCUGCGUUCAUUUGGGAUUAUUUUUACGUCAGAUGCCCUCCCGCUCUUUCACUCGCUGGAAAACCUCAGGGUGGAUACUUCGCUCGAGAUCUCGAACCGUAACGCGUAGCUGUUUCCUUAUGGUUCUCAUUAAACAAUCAGCCAAAUUGGAACAAAACGCGAUGCCACGCCCGAUUGUUUCUGUAUGGUUCUCACCCACAGGCGUUUCAACGGAGCGAACGGCGUUUUUUUUUUUUUUUUUUCCGAUCCGAGUUAAGACGGUUGCCAUAGCGAUUGAGAAUUUAAAACAAAAUAUUACGUCUUUUUUUUUUUUUGUGGUCCUCAAAAUGGCGGCGCGUCUCAGAAUCUCAUGGGGGACUCUUAUAUUUCGUGUGCAAUAAAAUGUUAAACUUUAUAAAGGGAAAAAUCUGCUGUUUGUUCAAAGGGAUUCACUAAUUCUUCACUUUAAUUGUUUUUUUUGUUCACAGUUUUAUGUUUGUAUUUUAUUUUGAAGGGACUUGGAGACGUCGUACUUUGUGUUUAUGUCCAGAAAUGUUUUGUGGUUGAAUUCUGGACUAAUGUGUUUUUUUUAUGUUUCGCAGCUUCAAACUCCAAAUUUCAUCUUUAAAUUGUGGUUAAUUAUUAGAAAUUGAGCCUGAUGCUGAGAUUAAAAAUGUAACAGGGAAAUGAUAAUUUACUAAAAAAAUGAUUUAAAAAUAAACUUGUGCAGUAAAAUAAAAAUACAAAUCUGUAAACUGGACUAAAAGGACAAAAAGAAACGGACAUAGACGGUGGGACUGGACACGAACUAUGGGACGGGACAUGGACUGUGGGCCGGGGCAUCUAAGGACUGUGGGCCGGGACGUGGACUGUGACCCAGGACAGAGACUGUGGACCGGGACAUCCAACAACUGUGGGCUGGGACGUGGACUGUGACCCGGGACGUGGACUGUGACCCGGGACGUGGACUGUGACCCGGGAUGUGGACUGUGGGCCGGGGGACGUGGACUGUGGGCUGGGACAUGGACUGUGACCCGGGACGUGGACUGUGGGCCACUCUAGUCGUGUGGGCCUCCUCAGACUUCCUUUUGGUCCAUUUUACAGACCUGAGCGGCUCAGACGUGUCGUUCCACAGAAAACAAUGACGUUUUGUUUUGUCGUUUCAGAUUCUUCGCCGUUUCUCAUUUUCUUGUCGUUUCACGUUUUGUAGAAUCGUUUUUUUUUGUUUUUCUGUCCAAACGUGUGAACCACUAAUGAAAUACUAAAAAUACUCACGGGGAAAUAAAGACUCUAG